AGAAAAAAGCAGUCUUCUUUUCUUGGUUGAUUAUCAUUCUACUUCCACACAAAGGUGCAAUAAUGGGUGCCAUGAAAAAUAACUUGAUACUUGUAUUCUUGGUGUUGUUGUCCCUAUUUAGUUUUAAUUUAGGCCUUCCUACUCAAUACUCCAUUUUGGGUUAUGAUCCUGAUGAAAUAGUCUCAGAUGAAGGAAUUGCUUUACUCUUUGAGCGAUGGAUGGAGAAGCAUGGCAAGGCUUAUGCAAGCCUAGAAGAAAAGGAUAGGCGAUUCAAGAUAUUUCAAAGUAAGCUAGCUUACAUAAUCGAUUGGAACUCCAAGCGAGGGCCAUCAGAUCAUAUAUUGGGACUCACCCAGUUUUCCGAUAUGAGUUUUGAAGAGUUUAGUGAGAUUUAUCUCUCAAAAAUGAAUACUACACAACUCAUGUCGGUUGAAGGAAUUGAAAAGAGGGUUAAGGGUUCAUGCACUCCUCCCUCAACAUUUGAUUGGAGAACUCAGGGAGCUGUAACCGGGGUUAAAAAUCAAGGAACUUGCGGAAGCUGCUGGGCAUUCUCAGCAACAGGCGCAAUGGAAGGAAUAAACUAUAUUGUCACCAAAAACCUUAAAAGUCUCUCAGAACAACAACUAUUGGAUUGUGAUCCCAACGGUAGUUGUCGAGGAAGUUGGCCAUAUAAGGCUUUCCAAUGGGUCAUCAAUAAUGGGGGUAUAACUAGUGACGCCAAUUAUCCUUACAUUGGACAAAAAGGGAUUUGCAAAAACAAUAUGGUAAAAGUAGCAACAAUUAAUGGAUAUAAAUGGGUUGCUCAAGAUGAAAACUCCAUUCUUUGUGCAGUUUUUCAACAACCUCUUAGUGCAGCGAUGCUAGCUACACAAGAUUUUAGUGAUUACAAGGGAGGGAUCUACAGAGGACUAAGCUGCCCAACAAACGAUCCAUCAAACGUCAAUCAUGCAGUUUUGAUCGUGGGUUUUGGGACCUCACCUACUGGCACUGAUUAUUGGAUAAUUAAGAACUCAUAUGGAGUUAACUGGGGCAUUUCAGGAUAUAUGCUAAUGGAAAGAAACCAUAAUUUACCAUAUGGAGUGUGCAACAUCAAUCGAUAUAUUCACUAUCCCACCAAAAAUUAGAUUUUGUCUUUCACAUCCAUCCCGACUGAAUUGCUCAUGCCUUUGCUGCAGGAAUAUAUGUGCAGAUCCGAUGAGAGUAACUGCAAUAAAUAAAAGAAGCUUCCAAACCACUUCAUCACAUAGCAGUUCAGCGAGGAUGUUUGUGUUCAUAAAACUGAUGAAAGGCUUGUUGAAGUUGAUGUGUAGAAAAUAAAUAUGUGUGGAAGCACUAUUUGAUAAAUCAAUAAAUAUCCUAAUGUUAGUAGUCUUCUUGUUUC